AUUUAGCUUUACUGCUCAGCGCAACCGCCGCACAUUUAGCACGAUUAACGCCACAUAUGUUUUAACCUAAAACUUCUGUGCAUUGUGACUGCGUGUAGACUCUGUAAGUGAUUUUUUUGAGCAACCUGUGAUGGCGAAGCUCGGUGUCUACAGGUGACGUGAAGCAAGCACGGUACCCAAGUGUACAUGGCUCACCGGCAAACCUCCUCUGCUGUCUCCCUGCUGCUCUGUGAGCCAUGAAGCUGAAUGAGAGGAGCGUGGCGUACUACGCCACCUGCAGCUCACCGCCGGACAAGACGGGAUUCCUGCUGAAGAAGGGUGACCGCAACCCUGCGUACCACCGCCGCUGGUGUGUGCUGAAGGGGAACCUGCUCUUCUACUUCGAGGAGCGGGAGAGCCGCGAGCCACUGGGGGUGAUCGUGCUGGAGGGCUGCACCGUGGAGCUGUGCGACUCCGAGUCAGCAGAGUUCGCCUUCGCCGUGCGCUUCGAGUGCACCCGAGCCCGCGUCUACAAGCUGGCCGCUGACGGCGCUGUUGCCAUGGAGUCGUGGGUGAAGGCGCUGUCGCGGGCCAGCUUCGACUACAUGAGGCUAGUGGUGCGGGAGCUGGAGUACCAGCUGGAGGAGGCGAGGCAGGGGGCGACCUCGCCGUGGGCCAAGGGCCGUGGGAAGAGGCCUCUGGUGCAUGGGGGUGGGGAAAGAUGUGGGGCAGGGGGAGGAGGAGGGAGGGGUGGGGCUCACCCGAGACCCACCCUCUGUGUGUCUCGGGCUUCGGCUCCAGUUGGGCUCCAGGGUUCCCUGUCCCAGGACCCUGAGGUGUCCGAAGAAGGGGUUCUUUCCCUGGGGAACCUUGGAAAGGAGAACGGGGUGUCCUGGAACAAGCCCUUGGGUCUGGCUAAUGGUGUGGGCGAGGUGGGUGUGUCGGGGAUGGUCUGGGAAGGGGAGCUCGAUGAUGGAGAUGGGGAGAUACCGCCGCCCAUUCCCCCACGUAGGAAGACCCCCGGCGGGUCACUGGAGAGCCCUGUGUCGCCCGGAACUGGCUGCUUCUCCAAACUGCAUGACUGGUAUGGAAAGGAAGUGGCAGAGCUUCGAGUGGAGUGGCUGCAGAGCCAAUGAGAUGUCUUAAGUGGUGACAGACUACAGGGGCGGCCAGUAAGGGGAAAGGGGUUGGACUUCUCUUUACUGGAGUUUUUUCUUUUUUACAUGUUUAAAUCACAGUUACAGUAGCAACAUAUGUCUCAGACAUGGAGACAUAGCCAGGUUUCCUUUUUCCCAGCAAACAUUUUUUUUAUAUCAUAGAUUUAGAGAAUACUUAUAUCUUUAUAAUGCUUUAUUUGAAAACUUUAUCCUCUGUUUAAAGUGCCAUUUAUUUAGUGCCUUUUAAUUUUGAGUGCAAAUGCUUGCUUGCCAAAGCUGGUCUUUUGGCAAACUUCAGAGUUACAACUGGCUCUUGCUUAGCAGAUCUUGUGGCUCUUCUCCGUCAUUCACACGAUGCGCUGGACAUCAGGCUUGACGUUGGGCUGGGCAGUAAGCCGGGCCAGUCCAGCAGUGCUCAACCCCUGAUGCAGCCUUCGUACUGCCAAGAAAGCUCAGGACACUGCGUGGUGAUGGACUGGGAAGAGCCCUCAGCCUUUGGAAUUAGCCCUGUCCACAACGGACUGGGAGCCAGUAUUGUAAAGCACCGUGAGAGGUUUUUUUUUUUUUUACAUUUGUCACUCUUUGCCAGUUGCUAACUGCCAACUUUUAUAAUAAUUAUGUUAAAAGACAGCGACUCCAUGCAACAGCCAGCCAAUAUGUAAAGUAUACACUAAAUUACCUGUAGCCACAUGUAUGAUGUGCAGUGUAUAGUAGCAACAUGAUUUUGUGUAUUUUUCCCAAUGCACGCACACACUUUUGGAGUGUUAUCGGCCCUGUUUACUGCGCAGUGUUGAACGCUGUGUCAAAUUCAAUUGCUGUUUAGUUACAAUAAUUGUGAAAUGGUGUGUCUCUUCAGUCCAGGCUUCUGUCUUUUUAUGAAGCGAGAUAUCGAUACAGAAUGGGCAAAUCCAGUACAUUUUUAGGCCUUGUGGGAUGUUUGCAGUGACAUGUCUGAAAUUGUACUAGACUGACAAAAUCAAUCUUCCGUCUUGGACUGAAAGGUUACUGUUACCUUAAAAAAGAUUGUUGCACGGUCAGGUUUGGACAGGAUUAUUGUAGCUUGUGCUCUGCAGUCGUCACUUACUGAUGAAGUUUACAGAAUGAACAGUUGCUGAAUAUUUAAUCCAAAAUGUGUCCCAAAGCACAUUUUUUGGACAUUAUGCAAAGGACAAUAUCAAAAGUAACUAAUCUUUUCAAAACUCUAAUAAGUAAUACUUAAGGAAUUUGUUUGCAAUGCGUGUUAUUAAAUAUAUUUCCCUUGCUUGUCA